UUGGGAGAAAGGAGGAAGACAAAAGAAAAGGAAAAAAACAGCUUCGGCGCUUGGAAAAAAAACAUACACACCACCAUUUGUUCUGUAGUGGAAAAAUUAUUGUAUUUUUAACGUUAUUUUGUUUGUGGUGCAGUUUCACGAUACAUCAUCGCGAGUGUAACUAGGUAAAGCUGAAAACCAUGACGUCCGCACUGUAUUUGGAGCACUAUCUAGACGGGUUAGAAAAUCUUCCCAACGAGCUGAAGCGGAACUUUACGCUGAUGCGCGAUCUUGACUCCCGGGGUCAGAUGGUGAUGAAAUCGAUCGACGAAAAGGCGGACGAGUACUUGAAAUCGUUGGUCAACUCGAAAGAAAACAUUUCCGACGAAGUGAAGAAGGAAAAGCUGCAGACGAUCCAGGAACUGUUCAGCAAGGCGAAAGAGUACGGCGACGACAAAGUGCAGCUCGCCAUACAGACGUACGAGCUGGUGGACAAACACAUACGUCGUUUGGAUUCGGAUUUGGCCCGGUUCGAGGGUGAAAUUCAGGACAAAACAGUGAAUGCGCGUGAAAAGUCGGAGGAGAAUGUUACCAAAAAGGGACGCAAAAAAGUUAAGGACAGCAAGAGCACGGUGAAAAAGAAGAGAACGCAUUCGUCGGAAGAUGAGGCGAAGCCAGCGGGCAACGGCGGGUUGACGAACAGUGGAGCAAGCAGCGGUGCCGCCAACUCGAAUGGAAAGGGCAAAAACACGAAGAAGCAGAAGGUAAAUCAAGAAAAAGAAGGUCGCAAAGGGCAAAAUAAGAAGGGUGCCGAAAAUGAUGAUACAACGCAGGACGGUGGGCAUGCAAAUCCACAUCCCAGCGAUGUGCUCGACAUGCCCGUCGAUCCGAACGAACCCACCUACUGUCUGUGUCACCAGGUAUCGUACGGUGAAAUGAUCGGUUGCGAUAAUCCGGAUUGCCCUAUCGAAUGGUUCCAUUUUGCGUGCGUCGGCCUGACGACAAAACCGAAGGGCAAGUGGUUCUGCCCGAAAUGCUCACAGGAUCGGAAAAAGAAAUAAAGGCAUUUCCCGCAUGCAAGACGAUACGAGCGCGAAUAAUGCGGUUCCAGUAUUGCUGCCCCGCUACCCUGUAUCGGUUCGCUAUUUUUAUUGACCACUUUUUAUUUACCAUUUCUUUUAAACUAGAGUUUACUUACAUACUGUACAUAAACAUUAACUUAACGCAGCGUUUGUCUCUAGGUUUAGCGCAGGUCAAGAUUGAGCCGCAUAGAUCGUAGGAUAAAUAUUUUACACGGACGAAGUUGAUGAGACGAAAGAUACUGGAAAAGUAGAGAGAUUUUUAUAUAAAAAGCAACAUAUGAUAAACAAUAAAUGUCCUUACAUACCAAGA